CCAAUACCUCCAGCCGCAACCCUACCAAAGCAGAAAAUUGCUCCACCUGAGAAAUUCUCGGGUCAUGGCACUCCAAAGAUAAAAGAAUGGCUCGAACAGGUCUAUCUAUACCUGGACGAUGUUGUGGACGAGCAGCUUCACAUAAAGCUGUCUCUGUCAUAUCUGAAAGGAGAUGCCCAUGACUACAUGGACAAUUAUUACACUUUGGUACAAACAAAUUCUCUGCUCGGGAUGUGGGCCGACUUUGUCAACUGGCUCACUACAUCGUAUGACACCAAGGACAAGCCGCGAGAGGCACGGCUUGAGGUUGAGCACCUUACCAAGAAUCCCUGGACAGACAUGUCCAAAUUUGCCAAAAAUUUCAAGAAGUGGGCCAACAAGUCUAACUUAUCCGACGUGGACCUCAUUGAAAAGAUCCGCCGCAUCACGCCCGACAAAAUCCUGCAAGUACAUGCGGGAACUGACGAGGUGCAGUGGCCUACUACAUGGGAGGCUUACCUCGACUGGGACUUAGAUAUU